CCCGACCGAAGCCGCAGCGGAGUCGGGCCGAGUCGGUUGACGUUGAAGCAGGGAAGGACAAAAGUAGGGCGGUAUCGGGGUUCGGACAGCACGUGAUUUUGACACAAAAUCGCCAUGGAUCCCGAGGCCUUCUUAGAUCUGGCCAACCAGGUCACAAAACUGAAAAUGUUCCCUUAUUUUGACAUUGCCCACAGUGUGUUAUGUGCUCUCCACGUACGAGAAGAUCUGGGACCAGGAGCACAGCAGUUUUCCCGCAAACACCCGUUGUCAUGCUGGCUGUCCACGAUGCUGGUGGUGUUCGCUGGGGGAAUGUUGUGCAAUGGAUUACUCGGUGAACCCAUUCUUGCGCCUUUGAAAAACACACAACAACUCAUGGUCGCCACUGUUGUCUGGUAUGUGGUGUUUUACACGCCUUUCGACAUUGGCUACAAAGCAGCAAAGUUUUUACCUCUAAAACUUGCAUUUUCUGCAAUGAAAGAAAUUUACAGGUGUAAAAAAGUUUACGACGGAGUAACACACGCAGCCAAGCUGUACCCGAAUGCUUACAUAAUCAUGAUCCUCAUUGGAACAUUGAAAGGCAACGGGGCUGGUUUUACAAAACUCAUCGAAAGGCUCAUUCGUGGCGUUUGGACUCCUACAGCAAUGGAGUUCAUGCAACCAAGUUUCCCCACCAAGGCCUGUAUUGUAGCGUCCAUAAUCUUUGUGUUGGACAAGAAAACAGACUUUAUCUCUGCGCCUCACGCCCUCGUGUACUUCGGUAUCGUUAUCUUCUUCGUUUACUUUAAGUUAUCCUCCAUACUACUGGGGAUCCAUGAUCCGUUUGUGCCGUUCGAAAACCUCUUCUGCGCUCUGUUCAUGGGUGGCAUCUGGGAUUCACUGGCUAAGGUGCUCGGCCGUGGCGGAGCCAAAGAGGAGAAGGCCGACGCUAAAAAGAAAGACUAAACCGACAACCUCACCCUUGUAUCACCAGGCAGGCCACUCCCAGUCGAACUUCGAAACGAAACCGACACAGACUGAAAAUAUCUGUGAAAACAAUUCAGUGCCUCAACAAGUAUCUCGGUGUUAUUUUAUCAAAAUGAUUCUCAAGUUUUAAAAUUAAAUUUAGUACACAAACCAAAGAUUUACGUUAGUUUAUCACGACAGCGUUUGAAGUGAAUAUCCUCUCAGUGGGUGCAGACGGAACACACUUCAGCGCUGUUUUGAAUUGUAUAUUAAUGUAUAUGACUAAUUUUAACAUUUUAUAUGACAAAACAAUGUAAGAUAUUUUAUUUAUUGCCAACCAUGAUAUUUGUAUUCUUAUGUGUUAUAAAGUUUUACCUUUAGUUUUAA